GGAGGCAGCAGCGGGGAGCGGUGUGCGUGCGGCCGCAGCGGAGCCGUGCGAGGGGAGGAUGGCUGCUUCUCCCUGCUGCCUCCAGGCAGGGAGCUGAGGGCGAGCGUGGCAGGGGGUGGCCUGCUGGCCCUGGGCCCCGUCCCCGCGGGACGAGGAGAAGGACCCCGCUUCGACGGGUCCAGCGCGACCCCAGCCCUUUGUCUGCUGGCAGGGGCUCGCAGGAGCCAGAUGAGCGGGCGGCCGCGGCGGGGAGCAGGCAGACGGAUGCUCACGGCGCUGGGGGACGGGAGGAGAGCCCAAGGGAAUGACCUCGAGGAGCAGCCUGGAAGACACAGCAGAGCCCCGAAAUGAGCCAUUUGGGGAGGAAGAGGAGGCGAAGCUCUGAUUAGAAGACCAGCCCUGCGCGGGGGGUUAUGUGCUCUCGGCGGGGGGAGGCAGGCAGGGCAGCCGGCAGCGGGGGCUGAUCAGUGCGAGGGCUUCCCCCAGGGGCACCUUCUCCUGUGGACGCCGUGCCCACCUGCAGUCGCCCCAUGCCCUGCUCCAGAUGCUCCCCAUGAGCCUUUCCUGCCUGGGAAGAAGCCAGUCCCACCAGCCGAAAAUGAGACCCUUUCGAACCAGCUCGCUCCUGCUCUGUGUGGUGGCCGCCGCCGCCAUCCCCAUCGUGCCCUGGAAGGUGAAAUGCCCGCCGCAGUGCGUCUGCCAGAUCCGGCCCUGGUACACCCCCCGCUCCGUCUACCGGGAGGCCGCCACCGUGGACUGCAAUGACUUGUUCAUCUCCGCCGUGCCCAAAGACCUGCCGGAGGGGACCCAGACCCUGCUCUUGCAGAGCAACAACAUCGCCAGGCUGGAGCAGAGUGACGUGUGCUAUCUCAGAAACCUCUCCGAGUUGGACUUGUCGCAGAACAGCUUCUCCGAUGUCUGGGACUUUGGCCUGAAGAGCAUGCCGCAGCUGCUCAGCCUGCAUCUGGAGGAGAACCAGCUGGCUGAGCUGCCCGACGGCAGCUUCCCCGGGCUGGGCAACCUGCAGGAGCUCUACCUGAACCACAACCAGCUCCGCAGGAUCGCUCCCCACGCCUUCGCAGGCCUCGGCAGCCUCCUGCGCCUCCACCUCAACUCCAACCAGCUGAGGACGGUCGACAGCCGCUGGUUCCAGAUGCUGCCCAGCCUGGAGAUCCUCAUGAUCGGAGGCAACAGGGUGGAUGCUAUCUUGGAUAUGAAUUUCAGGCCCUUGUCAAACCUGCGGAGCUUGGUUUUGGCCGGGAUGAACCUGAGGGAGAUCUCAGACUAUGCGCUAGAGGGGCUGCGAAGCCUGGAGAGCCUCUCUUUCUAUGACAACAAGCUCAUGAACGUCCCCAAGCGGGCCCUGCAGCAAGUUCCUGGCCUCAAGUUCCUGGACCUGAACAAAAACCCCUUGCAGAGGGUCAGGCAAAGUGACUUCACCAACAUGCUGCACCUCAAGGAGCUGGGGCUCAACAACAUGGAGGAGCUGGUGUCCGUAGACAAGUUUGCCUUGAUCAACCUCCCCGAGCUGACCAAGCUGGACAUGACCAACAACCCCAAGCUGUCCUUCAUCCACCCCAGCGCCUUCCACCACCUGCCCCAGAUGGAAACCCUCAUGCUCAACAACAAUGCCCUAAGUGCCUUGCAUAAGCAGACGGUCGAGUCCCUACCCAACCUGCAGGAGAUCAGCAUCCAUGGCAACCCCAUCCGCUGCGACUGCGUCAUCCGCUGGGUCAACAGCACUGAGAACCGCAUCCGCUUCAUCGAGCCCCAGUCCACGCUGUGCGCUGAGCCCCCCGACCUCAAGAGGAGGCACAUUCGGGAUGUCCCCUUCCGGGAGAUGACGGACCGCUGCCUGCCCCUCAUCUCUGCCCGGAGCCUGCCCUCGCACCUGGAAGCGGUGGACGGGGACGACGUCUCCUUGCACUGCCGUGCCCUGGCGGAGCCAGACCCGGAGAUCUACUGGGUCACCCCCUCGGGGGUUAAGCUGGUCCCCUAUGUGGAAGACGGGCGCUACAAGGUGCACCCCGAAGGGACGCUGGAGAUUGCCGGGAUCUCGGCUCAGGAGGCUGGGCUGUACACCUGCGUGGCUCACAACCUGCUUGGGGCGGACACCAGGAGUGUCAGCGUGACGGUCAACAGCUCCUUCCCGCUCAGCGAGGCCAGCCUGGAGCUGGCAGUGGUGGACGUCCAAGCCUACCACAUCCUGGUAGCCUGGAAGCCGCAUCUCAACACCGUCUCCUCCAACCUCACCUGGUCCAGCUUCUCGCUCAGCUCCAACUCAGACAUGACCAACGUGGCCCGCAUCCUGACAGGGACCCACGCCUACAACAUCACCCGGCUCCACCAGAACACGGAGUACUGGGCUUGCCUCCACGUGGCCUUUGUAGACUUGCAGGCCAAGGUGGCUUGCGUGAACGCCAGGACUAAAGAGGCCACCCGCCGCUACGGGCCCCUGGGGGACAGGCAGAGCCUCCUUACCCUGCUGGUGCUCUGCGUCCUGCUGCUCGCCGCCGGCCUGGUGGCUCGCUGCGGCCUCGGGGACGAGCCCAGGAGGGCAGGGGAGCUCCCGCGGGACGCAGUGGCCGUGCGCGUGGUUUAUCCCCACCUCGCCCCACACUGGGCUCGGGGGCCUCGUGGCGGGCAGCUCCUGGCCGUGGAGGUGCAAGCGGCACCCCUGGACUCCUGAAGGCCCCGCACUGCUGGGGCUGACCAUGGGGUGGUUUGGGGUGGGGAGGGAGAAACUAUUUUUUACCAAAAAAAAACAACAAAAAACAUGAAACAGAACAAAGUAAACAAGACAAGGAGGGAUUUCAUGGACUUGACCAAGAGACAAAGCAGCGUGGUAGAUGGACAGGAGCAGAGCUGGCCACGGGGCUUGCAGAGCUCCUGCAGGGUCUGGAUCCAUGUGUAGGGUCUGGAUCCAGCAGACAUCCCAUCCUGGGACAGCUGGGAUGUUCUCGGCAGGGUCCGGCCCCGAGGGGACAAUGCCCCAGGUGGUUGAAGAGCCAUAGGGGUGAGCAGCAGAUCACCCCUUCCCCACGCACCCCGGCACCCCAUGGCACCCCAGCGGGGUCAGCUCCUUUGCUGGACAGUCCCUGUUUUGGAAAUACAAAAAAA